CGCUCUUGUGCGAUGUGUUUACUUAUAUCGAGAACCUACUGCGGCUGUUACAGUACUCAUUUCUAGGUCACGAAGGUGUUAACGUCAGUCAGCGAGCGUUUCUCUCUGCAGCUGUCGGUCACAUUAGUUAACCAACUUUAAAGAUGACGGAGACGAAAAAGCUGUACCCUUAUUAUGAUAUGAACAUUUGGUUCAGGACUUGCGAAGAGGAGAUCAACGAGCCUCUGGAAGGAAAGACCACAGGUGUAAUUCCCUCGUGGGUACGAGGCACGCUGCUGAGGAAUGGUCCUGGAUGCAAUAAAAUCGGUACAUAUCAGUAUGAUCACGUAUUCGACGGCUUAGCCCUUAUACAUAGGUUUUCCAUAAAACAUGCGAAGGUGACCUACCAAUGUCGCUUUGUCCGUUCAGAGACGUACAAAAAAAAUACUACAGCGAAUCGCAUUGUGGUGACAGAGUUCGGCACCAAGGCGGUACCCGACCCUUGCAGGAGUAUAUUUGACCGAAUUUCAUCAAUAUUUAACUUCACUAUGGAUCAGACGGACAACACGGCGGUCUCAGUGUACCCGUUCGGAGACCAAGUCUACGCCAUGACAGAAGUGCCCGUUCUUUACAAAAUCGACCCAGUGACCCUCGAGACUGUGGGCAAGGAGAAACUGGCCGACUCGUUGGUUGUGUGUCACACUGCGCAUCCGCACGUCAUGCCCAACGGAGACGUUUACAACGUGGGCUUGAAUACCGUGAAAGGGGACUUACGUCACGUGGUUGUGAAGUUCCCUUACAGCGAUAAAGGAGACAUGUUUGAGACAGUGGAGAUUGUUGGCAGCUCGAAGCCAAGAUGGCGCUUCAAUCCCGCGUACAUGCAUUCAUUUGGGCUGACGGAGAACUAUUACGUGAUAAUCGAACAGCCGUUGGUGAUAUCUCUACUGAACUUGAUGCGCCGCCGCUUCGUCGUCGCGGAGCCAUUCGCCUCCACUCUGGUCAGCUACCCGGAAUACGAGACGAACAUAAUUCUAAUACACCGAGUGACCGGCGAAGAGAAACGAUACCCGACGGACACGAUUUAUUUCAUGCAUGUCAUCAAUUGCUUUGAAACGGACGGCGCCCUGUGCGUCGAUUUGUGCUCGUAUAAAGAUGCAAACAUACUUAACGCCAUGUACGUCUCGGCGAUAAAGGAUAUGCACAGCAACCCCGACUACGGCCAGUGGUGUCAAUGCCGUCCCAAACGGAUCGAAAUCCCCCUCGAGGCGCCACCCCUGACUAAAGUUGAGUCACGUUUAAUCGCAGACGUCGGAGUCGAGACGCCUAUGAUUAACUAUAAAUUAUGCAAUGGUAAACCGUACAGGUAUUUCUACGGAAUUGGGUCGGACGUUGAUACUGGUGACGCUGGAUCGAUUGUUAAAGUAGACACGAAGACUGGCGAGGUGCUAUAUUGGAUAGAGCCCCAGUGCUAUCCCAGCGAACCAAUUUUUAUUGCAAAUCCGGACGGCCAGGACGAAGACGACGGAGUGCUCCUCAGCGCCGUGCUGUGGAGUCGAGACGACCGCGCCAUCGCACUGUUAGUGUUGAACGCUAAAAACUUGGAAGAAAUCGCACGAGCGCACUUCACGACACCGUCACAAACUACGAAAUGUUUUCACGGAUGGUUCUUGCCGGAUCAAAUGAAUUAAAUUGACCUUAUUUAUAGACAUUAUUCAUCAUAUCUGUUAGAGUAGAUUCACUUCAGAAAAAUGCUUAGGAAUAUGUUAUAUGAAUAAAGGUCUCAUGUUCGUUAUUGACGCUUACACCAGUGCAAGGCACAUUGACCAUUACCAUGACCUUACCUUGCCAAUGCAUUGUCAAACAAUAUAGGAACGAAUAUGGUAUGUUCCCUAUUCAUUUAUGAGAAUAAAAUGCAAUGUAAAAUAAAGUCUGAUAUUUU